CCACUCGAACGCGGCGUCGAUGUAAACAGAGCCUUGGACGCGAUGGGGGAGGAAUUCGAGAGGAAGAGGAUCUCGACCAACCCUUUCCUCUACACCGACGGGAGUCUCGUGGAAGCUGAAGUCCUGCAUGCUAGUCUAGAUGCUAGUGAUGGUUCGGCGGACGGGUCAGGGGCGUCGACUAUUAGCGCAGGAGGAGGCCAGGACGAGGGCAAAGACAGUGACCAGACCCCACAGGCUGAAGUUCCUCCCACAAGACAAGUGUGGGCUGUGGGUCGGGCGGGGGUCGUGUCCAUGGACCUCGAUGACGAGAAGAUGCAGACAAUGACUGGCUCAUACUCAGAGAUUUUGGAAAGACCCUCCCUGCCUGAGCGUAUAGUGGAAGAAGAUGAAAAGGGAAAGGAUGAGAACGAGAUAGACGAUAGUAAAGAUGAAAUGGACGCCAUCACACCAGUGUGUGCAGACAUGGACCCAGUGCAGGCCUUCCUGACCCAGGAGCGGCUCAGUGCCUUCAUGGCCAGAGACGACUCGCAGGGUGAGGCUCCAGACUAUGGGGCAGGACUGCCUCCGCAUGAUGACCAGGAGCGUCCAUGGAGCCUUCACGUGGGGAGGUGCAGUCCUGAGAGGGCAGAGUCGGCGCUGCAAGGUGCUGGCAUGGUCACGCGCCAGGGAGACAUUAUCUCUUUCGUGGCGGAUGACCUGCACAACAAAAUUAAACUCUCCAGUCCCGUUUCCAAAACAGUGGCAUCAUUCCCUGGAUCCCGAAGUUCCACACCGAGCUUGUUAAGGGCUGCCCUUGCGCCACAGGUCCCCGCCAUAGAUCCAACCGUCAUCAAUGACAUUGAAGCACACGCACGACAUAUUGCAACAUCAGUCGACACGCUCAUUGAGAAUCUCACAGGGACUCUGCAUAGUAUCUCAGCACUUACUGUUGACUGUGUGGAAACCUACAGGGAUGCUGUUUGUAAAACCUGUGAUGCUGUAGAUGCAAACAUAAAAUCUAUGUACCAGCUGAUGGCAAAGACAGAGGAGUUGAGCAAGUCGAUGAAACCUAUCUACAAACUCCAAGAGCAAAUCAAAGAAGUCAGACGACUCCUCGACAUGUUUGAAAGCGCUAUCCACUCCAGCGGCUCAUGAAAGUUGUGGUCCAGUGUGCGAUCCGAGAGCCGGGAAUCAUGAGAGGUCCUCCAUGACGUUCGACUCGGUGACUGCACCAAAUGGAAGGGUUAUGUGUGUGCGGAGGUGAAACUAAAGGUUGUGUGGAGCUGGGAGAGCUGUGUGAUGAAAAUAGAAUUUGAAGCAGAGAAAAAAAAGAGAAAAAAAUUGUGAUACAGAUUUCUUGCAGGAAAUAUAUGUAAGUAUU